AUGUACUUCUCAAUAUUAAGUAACGUAUUAGCUCAAGAUGUUUAUCAUGAGUCUAUUAAACAGCAAAAUAAUCAAGAAGAAAUUGUAAUAGAUAUCGGUAAUGAAUACCGUCAGUUUUAUAAUACUGGUUGUGGAUACAGUAAACAUAAAAGAAAUAAUCAUGAUGACUAUUACGAUGGAUUUAAUGAUUUGAGUUUUUACCCAGUAAAUUAUAGCAGAACAGUUUUAACUAAUACGCUUAAUCAAUUAGAUAAAACAAAUGAAAGACUAUUAAAAAAUUUAGAGAACGGCACUUCUAAGAUGCUUGCCAAUUUAAAGAGACAACUUGAAUUUCUUUGCUAUAAUAUAUUCUAUUUACAUGAAGAUUUCAACCUUAAUGUAAUCUUUGAUAGUAUCAGUGAUCAAAUCAAAAAUUUAAAGAAAAUUAACGCUUUAAAAGUUUUUGAUAGAUUUAAAUUCCAACUCCUAUCAAAUUUGAAUAAGGCGAUUUAUAGAUUUUGUUCUGAGAAUAUUAAGUAUAUUGAUAAUCAGAUUAAAAUUGUUGAAAGAAAUGGUCCUAUUAUAAAUACUAAUUCAUUAAAGAGUAUCCUUGAAAUGAGAUUGAUUGAUUUGAACCCAACUGUUAGAAUUUUAAAGGAGUCUAUUAAUCAUAUUUUAGAUCCUAGAAAUAUUCAUGUUUCAGUAGGUAUUGGUCAUUCAUCAAUUAAGAACAUCUUUACUGAAUGUUGUAAAACAAUUAAAAAAACUGUUUUUGAGGUAAUUGAUCAGAAUAUUGAAGAAUUAAAUUCAUCUGUUAGUGAUAAGAUUGCAGAGAAUAUUAACAACUUAGUUAUGAUUGAUAAUGAAUUGAUUGAAAAGUAUUCUAGUGAGUAUUUUAAUAUUAUUGAUGGUAUUAAAUCAAUUGUUGGUGUAAAAUUAACUGAUGAUCCUAUAACUUUACCUGGAACAAUUACCACUACUUCUACAAGUACUACAACUUCUACUACUGCUACAGGCACUACAACUACUACCGCUCCAGCUACUACUACUACUCCAGGUACUACAACUACCACAGAUACUACAACUACUACAGAUACUACAACUACUACAGAUACUACUACUACUACAGAUACUACUACUGCUGCAAAAGCAGAUGAAGAUGUACCUUCUUAA